ACACCUUGAAAGCCUUUGAAAGCGAGAUUCAUGCUUUAUCAGAAAUAAGGCAUCGUAACAUUGUGAAGCUGUAUGGCUUUCGUUCACAUCCAAAGAACUCAUUUUUGGUUUAUGAGUUCGUAGAAAGGGGAAGUUUGAGAAUGGUGUUAAGCAACAAGGACGAGGCAAUGGAGUUGGAUUGGGAGAAGAGGUUAAAUGUUGUAAAAGGAGUGGCCAAUGCCUUGUCUUAUAUGCAUCAUGACCAUUCACCACCUAUAAUUCAUCGAGACAUUUCCAGCAACAAUGUUCUUCUGGAUUUGGACUAUGAGGCUCAUGUUUCAGAUUUUGGCACAGCAAGAGUUUUAAAGCCCGACUCUUCCAAUUGGACCACACUUGCUGGCACUCUCGGGUACAUAGCUCCAGAGUUGGCUUAUACAAUGAAAGUAAAUGAGAGAUGUGAUGUUUACAGUUUUAGGGUGCUAACAAUGGAAAUACUUAUGGGGAGAUAUCCUAGUGAUUUGAUUUCAUGCUUGCCAUCGUCGUCGACACUGGCAUCAGCAUCGACAUCGAUACCAAAUGACAAGCAACUGAUUUUAUUUAAAGAUGUGAUAGACCAACGCCUCUCACCACCAAUAAGGCAGGUUGCAAAUGAUGUUGUCUCAACUACAAAGCUAGCAUUAGCAUGCUUGAAUGUCAGUUCCCAACUUCGGCCAACCAUGCGACAAGUUGCUCAAGCCCUUACCCGUCAAUCGCUUCCAUUGCCCAAUCCUUUCUCAAUCAUAAAAUUGGGAGAAUUGUGGGAUCAUGAAGUCUGUAGUGGCUAA